GCUACUCCCAAGAAGCAAGGUGCUCUUGCACUUACUGUGCAGUGUGCUAUAUUAGAACCCAAAAAGCUUUCAUUACAAAAAUCACACUGUACUGGCACUGGAUGUGUACCCUCUAUCGAACAGAAGCAAAAGCUUUAAGCUCUUUGGCUGCCUUAGGAUUUAGUCCAAAUGAAUGCAAACUAUCACGUGGGACACAGCCAAGCAAUGACGUGAAAUUCUGCUCUGUCAGAAGACAGCAUCUGUCAAAGCCCACAUUUAAACUGCUGCUUGCUUGAGCAGCAGCUGAGGAACUAUGGACUGGAUUUUGCAGAACAAAACCCUCAGCUAAAACCCUUUUUCUUCCUUUUAAAAAACCACCCCCUUUUGGUUACUGCCUAGCAACAAUGAAGAGAGGUAAAUUCCAUUAUCAGAUGCAAGCGAACAGCUCCAGAUUCUAGCUCUUGCUGCUUUGCCGGGCAUCACCACUAGAAAUAUGGAUACUGAAAAGAGAACACAGCACUGCAUUGAGAAACAAGGGAAACAUCAAGUGUAAAAGCUCCAGUGCUUCCAUUGUCAGCAGCCCACAAUGCCGGUUGGAACAGAAGCAAGUGCUGCAGCUAUCUCUUGAACGAUGCCCAGGGAAAAAAUUGAGACGAGCACACUGGUGAGCAGGGAAGGUAACCGAGCAGGAAGCAUACAGAUGGACACCCUGGAUACUGUGAAAAGCAGUCGCAGGCAGCAGGCUGCUGGGGGGGAAGAUGUGUGCAUGGCCGAUAGCAUCUUUUUGGCUGAAGGGAUGGCGUGCCAAAAGUAUUUGCAGCGGGUAUAAUCUUCUCAUCACAAAUGGCCUGACCAAGGAAGAGCUGACUAUUCGCUAACUAUUUGUCUAUGAAAGAAGAUGACCAAGAAAUAGCAGUGGAUCCAAAACAAAGCCUUUCCUUCAAUCAUUCUCACAUUCCAUUACUGGAUAUUUACAACAUGCUUCAGUGGAGAAGGCGGCAUUGCUGCUUUGCCAAGAUGACCUGGAAUACCAAGCGGUCCCUGUUUCGCACCCACUUCAUUGGUCUACUUUCUCUCAUGUUCCUUUUUGCUAUCUUUCUGUUUUUUAAUCAUCAUGACUGGCUGCCUGGCAGAGCUGGAUUCAAAGAAAACCCUGUGGCUUACACAACACGAGGAUUUAGAUCGACCAGAAGCGAAACAAACCACAGUUCACUGAGGACCAUUUGGAAGGAUGCAGUCCCACAGACCCUCAGGCCACAGACUAUUACUAAUGCCAACAAUACAGAACUGUCCCCUCAAGGAGUUACUGGUUUAGAGAACACGCUCAGUGCCAAUGGGAGUAUUUACAAUGCGAGAGGCACUGGACAUCUGACUUCAUAUCAUUUUAAGUAUAUCAUCAAUGAGCCUGAAAAAUGUCAGGAGAAAAGCCCAUUUCUAAUACUGCUCAUAGCUGCAGAACCAGGCCAAGUGGAAGCUCGACAAGCUAUUAGACAAACCUGGGGGAAUGAGAGCCUGGCACCAGGGAUCCAAAUCGUUCGGAUUUUUUUGCUGGGUUUAAGUAUUAAGCUAAAUGGAUACCUUCAGCGAGCCAUUCUGGAGGAAAGUAGGCAAUACCAUGAUAUUAUUCAACAAGAGUACUUAGACACAUAUUACAACUUAACAAUCAAAACACUCAUGGGGAUGAACUGGGUGGCCACCUAUUGCCCAAACGUUCCAUAUGUUAUGAAAACUGACAGCGACAUGUUUGUCAAUACAGAGUAUCUAAUACAUAAGCUUUUGAAGCCAGAAUUGCCUGCCCGACACAAAUACUUUACAGGCUAUCUAAUGAGGGGGUAUGCGCCCAAUCGGAACAAAGACAGCAAGUGGUACAUGCCACCUGAUCUAUAUCCGAGUGAACGCUACCCAGUAUUCUGCUCUGGAACUGGCUAUGUGUUUUCUGGAGAUUUAGCAGAUAAAAUUUUUAAGGUAUCAUUGAGUAUCAGACGUUUGCAUUUAGAGGAUGUGUAUGUGGGCAUCUGUCUUGCCAAGCUGCGAAUUGACCCAAUGCCCCCACCCAAUGAGUUUGUCUUCAAUCACUGGCGGGUUUCUUAUUCCAGCUGUAAAUACAGUCACCUAAUUACCUCCCAUCAGUUCCAACCUAGUGAACUGAUCAAAUACUGGAACCAUUUACAACAGAAUAAGCACAAUGCCUGUGCCAAUGCAGCAAAAGAAAAAGCGGGCAAGUACCGUCAUCGUAAACUGCACUAGAAGGGAUGCUCCUCCUAAAAGUAUUUAUGUGCAAUUUGUAAAAAUAUGGAUGAAAGCAUGUACAGUGGGGGUGGGAGGGGAUGGUGCGCUUAAGGAGGACAGUCUAUUUAAGAACAAGCACUUAAUGAGGUUUGAAAAUUAUUUUUUUAAUUUAAAAGGAAAAAAAUCUAAUUCUCAAAAAUAUUAUGGUGGUGGAAGUAUUAACCAAAAGGUUUUCAAAAUUUGGGAGAAAAGAGAAAAAAGGUAUCAAGAUACUUGUGUUAAUGUGCAAUAAUAAGCAUGCACACUUUGGUGGUACAAUUGCUAUUUUAUGUGCCAAUAAAAUUUAACUGUGCAAAUUUUCCAUACUAAA